GGGGUGUCUCCAAGUCUCCAACCAAAGAAAUCAUGGUCCGCUCUUGUGUGAUUGCAGCACUUCUCUUUGCUUUGGCUCUCGUACGUGUGCAGUUCUCCACGUGCGAUGUAGUGAAGGGCUCAGUCUCUUGCCUGGACUGCACUCGCCAAUACGAUCUCUCUGGUAUUAAAUUGGCGGUAAAGUGUAACCAAGAUCAACGGUUGGCAUUUGCAAUCACAGAAGAUAACGGCUUCUUCCAAGCCCAGCUUCCCUUGGCCUCAUCUUCUCAUUCCUCCCAAUCUCCCAAAUGCUUGGCCAUGAUCCUUGGUGGGCCCCAACAGCUCUGCUCCUCCAAGAAAGCCCUGACCUCAAAGAUAAUCAGGGCCCAUGAUUCCAACUCCUACACCACCUCCAGCCCUCUCACCUUCUCCACCACAUGCCCUCUGAAAGAUCCAAAGGCCAAAAAAACCAUCCAAGGUGCAAAGAAAGGCGGCCCAAAACCGACGUUCGAGUCGAAGACCAUCGAUCUUCCUCUGCCGCCAGAGUGGGGCAUGGCACCCUCUAGCUACUAUGUUCCUUUCUUUCCUAUCAUAGGGAUCCCUUGAGUAUCCAUGGGAUGAAGGGAUCCUGUAUCUAACAAGUAUAUUAUGUUUAUGUUGUUUGUGUAAGCUCUAUAAUCAUGUGAUGUAUCCUUCUAUUUGGUAUCUAAGAAGCAAACAGUAUUACGAUAUGCUUCUCUUCAUGUAGAGGCUAUUGUAUUAUCGUGAGGGAAUUAAAAGUUAGGUGUAUUUAUUUUGCUAA